AUGUCCACAGCUCAGGCCACCCGCGACAAACCUCCAGUCGUCGUCCCAGGCUCUGGAAACAACAUCAUCAUUAACCCCAACCAGCGAUUGAACCCCCUGUUAGAGUGCAUUCGCAAUGUUGGCAAACAAUUUGGCGAAAUCGUCCCAGACUUCCAAGUCGGCAGGACUACUUGCGUGUUAUACCUCAGCUUGAAAUACCACCGACUGCACCCCGAAUACAUACACGCGAGGAUUGAGAAACUCGGCCAUGCCUUCAACUUGCGUAUACUACUUAUCAUGUGCGAUGUCUCGGAGCAUCAAGAUCCAAUACGGGAGUUGACCAAGACAUGUCUCAUCAACAACAUCACCAUCAUCGUAGCGUGGAGUCUCGACGAAGCCGGCCACUACCUCUCCACCUUCAAGCAGUUCGAGCACAAGCCUCCAGACCUCAUCAAAGAGCGCGCAGAGAAGGACUACGACUCCGUCCUCCGCGCCGCGCUCACGAGCAUCAACAAGGUCAACAAGACGGACGUCGAGACGCUCCGCACCUCCGUCGGUCUCACGACGCUCUGUCCGAACGGAACACAGAGCUUCGCAGACAUUGCGCGCACCCCGUCCGACCAGCUGCUCGCUCUGCCCGGCUUCGGCCAGGUCAAAGUGCGCCGGAUCAAGGACGCGUUGGAGCGGCCGUUCAAGAACAAGGCGACGAGCGCCACGUUCACGACCACCUCGCAGAGCCUCGCCGUCACCGAGCGCGUCAGCGGCGAGGAGGGCGGCGCGUCUGAGCCGACUCGCAAGGGAGGGACAGAGCAGCCGCCUGUGUCUGCAGCGGCGGCGUCCUCAUCGAGUUCAAAGGCAGGUCCAUCGACGGCGUCUAGCGCUCCGCGACCGCGACCGCCCCGCUCACCCAGUCCUGUCUGGGACAUCGAGCUCGACCUGGACUCUCCGCCGCCAGCAAGGGACACAGGCGGCGGCGACGCCGGAGCGUCGUCAAAGCCCCAACCUAGGCCAAAAUCUGCCCGUGCUCCGUCGCCGGCAUGGGACAUCGAGCUCGACCUGAACCCGCCCGACGACGCCGAAGAAAUCGACUCGCCCAAAGACCCAGAGAGACCAACGACAUCUAGCUUUGGCGCGCCCAAAAAUCUAAUAAACAGGCCUUAGCUACUAUUGUCGGAUCGUCUUUACUCUAACGGAUCUAGAAGGUACAAUAACAAGAGCUGGAUUAUCCUGUACAGUACGUGAGGCUGCGCGAUAGCAAUAUUCACUAUAGCUAUGUAUACGUUACAAUAUCGAUAUCAAUACCAUGGCGGGCGCGUAUAAUGACGAAUAGGUUACAAACUAACAAAUUUAGCAGUAGGUAUCCAUGCAAUUAGCAAGAACAUAACAGACAUAACAGACGCGUAAUUGGAGAACGAAU